GGAGUUAGCUCCUAUGCCUGUGCCUUAGCGUAGGCGUAAAUAUAUAUAUAUAUUCCAAAGCGGGGAUGGCAGCAUCUCUCCCGUCGACCAGGCCCUGCAUAUUCUGAGGCAGGAAGGCAGACCAGCCGGCCUGCUGCUUCCCUCACGGCCGGCCGGGCUACGAAUCCGGGAGCAGAGCCCUCGCGUCUGGAGAAGACCCGAGCCAGCCCUCCUCCCCGCCCGGCCUCCGCCCUCUCAGUCCGCCUGGCAACGGCUGGAACCGAGCCGGGCUUCGCGGCCGACGCGGAAGGGCGGAGCAGGCCGAGCCGGGCCGUGUGGGCCGCGGCUAUGACAGAGGGGCGUGCCUGAGGAGAUGAAGGUUAUUAAACAUUCUGAGGAGGUGCUGAAGACAGCCCUGGUUUCCAAGGACACACAGCUUGCAAAACUUUAUGAGAAGUUUAACCCUAAGGAGAAGUGCUUGCUAAAUGAAGCAUUUCGGCCAGGCAGUGUUCUUUUCAAGCCCAUUACGCUGCAUUCUGAAUCGGAUUGGAUCUCCUCACACCCAGAACCCACCCAGGAUUUUGCACAGUUUUAUCAUGACCCUUGCAGAAAGACACCAACUCCCCAGAAAAAUCGGAUUUAUGUUCAGCCCAUUGGUUCUUUUGGAGAUUCCAGAGUUAGCACAGAUGUCUACAUGAAAUGGCUGAAGGAUUACUGUGAAGCCUUUUACUACGGCUUGAUUGUACGAAUCCUAGGACCAGUGCCAGUUUCACACACAGGUUGCCCUUUUCGGAUCAAUGAAAACACACACAAUCUGCAGAUUCAUGCAGGUCACCUCUUGAGUUACCUAAAGAAGAAAAAGCCAAAGGAUGCUUUUUGUAUUGUGGGAGUAACCAUGAUAGAUCUUUACCCAAAGGACUCCUGGAAUUUCGUCUUUGGCCAAGCCUCCUUGACUGAAGGAAUGGGGAUCUUCAGCUUUGCCAGGUAUGACAGCGACUUUUACAGUGCAAACUACAAAGGCACACUGAAGACUACAAAGAAGCUUCCUCCAUCUGACUAUUCUGUGUUUGAUGGCUACUAUACCCCUGAGAUCACAAGCAAGCUGCUUCUGAGGUCCUGCAAAGUGGACCCUGACUCACGAGAUUGGGCACAUCUUUGGACUGCAUCACUGCCAGUGGUUAGAAUGCGUCAUGCAGGGCUCCAACCAUUUGGAGGAAUCGGACCGACGCCCAUUGGAUCUUUGCCCCAUUUGUCUGCGCAAGCUACAGUCUGCCCUUGGCUUCAACAUUCUGGAAAGAUACAAGGCAUUGCAGAAGUGGAUGGAGGAAGAAGCUACUGGAACAGAAGAAGGGCUUAGCAGUGAAGCAAGGCCAAGUUUGCAGAAACCAUUGGAAGCAUUUAAAGAAAGCUAUGACUGGAUUUCCAAAUGCCUAGAAGUUCUACAGAAGUAAAAUCCUUUGGGGUGUAGGUAACGUUAAAGUGAACACUCUUAUUUCAGUGGUGGGCAGCUGCUAAAAUAUAAGAUGAUGAUGAAUGAAUGAAUGAUUUGUUUAGUUCUUUCAUUUGAAACUAAACAACUUGUCCUUAAAA